AUGGCCUUCGCGGUCUCGGACGAGCUACUGGGCACGUUCGUGCCCAUCGCGGUGUACUGGCUCUACUCGGCGCUGUACAACGUGCUGGACGCGCUGGGGACGGUCGACUGCUACCGCCUCCACCCCAAGGAGGACGAGGAGACCAGGAACAUACCCUCCAAGCGCACCGUCCUCAAGGGCGUCCUCCUCCAGCAGGCCGUCCAGGUCGCCGUCUCCCUCAUCGUCUUCAAGAUCACCGGGGACGGGAGGCGCGACGCGAGGGAGCAGCCUCCGGCACCGGUGAUCGCGCUGCAGUUCAUUGUGGCGAUGUUUGCCAUGGACACGUGGCAGUACUUCGUGCACAGGUACCUCCACACCAACAAGUUCCUCUACAAGCACGUCCACGCGCAGCACCACACCAUCCUGGUGCCCUACGCGUUCGGGGCGCUCUACAGCCACCCGCUCGAGGGCCUGCUCAUGGACACCGCCAGCGGCGCCGUCGGGUUCCUCGCUUCCGGGAUGACCCCCCGGACCGCCAUCUUCUUCAUCUCCCUCGGCGCCAUCAAGACCGUCGACGACCACUGCGGCCUCUGGCUGCCCGGCAACGUCAUCCACGCCGUCUUCGCCAACAACAGCGCCUUCCACAACAUCCACCACCAGCUCUACGGCCAGAAACACAACUUCUCACAGCCCUUCUUCGUCGUGUGGGACAAGAUCCUCGGCACGUACAUGCCCUUCACGCUCCAGAGCCGCGAGGGUGGAGGGGUAGAGGCGCGCCCGGUUAAGCAUGCCCUUGCGGCGCACGAGCAGCACAAGUCCGAUUGA